AGGGAGCCGACUAGCGUCCCUCGCCUGGGUCUGGCGCCUGGUCUGCGCAGGCGCAAGCCCGCAAGAUGGCGGCGGCUGGAGCGGGCCGUCUGAGAAGGGCGGCUUCAACACUGCUGCUCCGGAGUCCGCGCCUGCCAGCCAGGGAACUCUCAGCUCCGGCCCGCCUCUAUCACAAAAAGGUGGUUGAUCAUUAUGAAAAUCCUAGGAAUGUGGGCUCCCUUGACAAGACAUCGAAAAAUGUUGGAACGGGCUUGGUGGGAGCUCCAGCAUGUGGUGAUGUGAUGAAGUUGCAGAUUCAGGUGGAUGAAAAGGGGAAGAUUGUGGACGCCAGGUUUAAGACAUUUGGCUGUGGCUCUGCAAUCGCCUCCAGCUCACUAGCCACCGAGUGGGUGAAAGGGAAGACGGUGGAGGAAGCCUUGACCAUCAAAAACACAGACAUCGCCAAGGAGCUCUGCCUUCCUCCAGUGAAGCUGCACUGCUCCAUGCUGGCUGAAGAUGCAAUCAAAGCCGCCCUGGCUGACUACAAACUGAAGCAGGCGCCCCAGAAGGGCGAGGCGGAGAAGAAGUGAGCCUCCAGCCGCAGCCACCCAGCAGUUUGUCCACCUGCCUGCGAGCAUAGGUGUCCAGAAGCCCCUCCCGCUGCAGUAAAUAAAAAUCCCCCACUGAGAUGUGCUUGCUGUCCCGAGUGGCUCUGGUGCCAGCAGAGCACAGUCUCGCUGUUCUGAAUCCUGUGGUUUCUGCCCCCCGCCCCACGUCUGUUACCUGAACCCAGCUCAUGUUUAUUUUGAAUUGUGUGGCCUCAAAACUGAAUUGAACAAGUUUUGCUAGCCCAUGAAAUGCACAGAUCUAAUUUACCUGAGUCUAUUUUGCAGAAGACUAAAUAGAGCGUCCUGGCACGAUUGUUUGCUAGGAGCAGUCACUGUACAUGAGGCAUGCGCGCGUGUACGCAAUAAAUGAAAGUGAAGACAG